CAAUAACAUAGGCAACGACCGACCAUAUAAACACAAGAGGUAGCUGAAGAAAGGAGCAACGAAGGAACAGCCAUUUGCGGUAUGCUUCUCGGUUCCCGCUCGCACGAGGCUAGGAUCUUUUUUUGGUAGCACACUUCGUGAUUAACCAAUACUGCGGGAAAAGACUAGGUGAAAUUUCAUAUUCUUCAGACAUGCCGCGUGUGUAUGUCGGCAAGCUCAGCUACCAUGUCCGAGAGAAAGACCUCCAGAGGUUUUUCAGCGGAUAUGGUAAAUUACUGGAAGUCGACCUAAAGAACGGGUACGGUUUUGUGGAGUUCGAGGACAACCGGGAUGCAGAUGACGCCGUUUACGAGCUGAACGGCAAGGAGCUGUGCGGGGAGCGGGUGAUCAUCGAGCACGCCCGGGGGCCGAGGAGAGACGGCUACGGUUAUGGCGGAGGAGGCGGCGGAGGCGGCGGCGGCGGAGGCGGCGGGGGCCGCGAUGGUGGUGGAAGAAGUAGGGAAGCCAUGAUGACGGCAUCCUUUUCCCCAAUAGACCAGGUUGAUGGUAGCGGCUACAGCAGCAGCAGGGGCAGCCGGCAGGGAACUGGCAGGGAGAAGUACGGGCCUCCGGUUCGCACUGAGUACCGCCUCAUCGUGGAGAACCUGUCCAGCCGCUGCAGCUGGCAGGACCUCAAGGAUUUCAUGCGACAGGCCGGCGAGGUCACCUACGCCGAUGCACACAAAGAACGCACCAACGAGGGGGUGAUCGAGUUCCGGUCACGCUCUGACAUGAAGCGUGCCAUUGACAAGCUGGACAACACAGACAUCAACGGGAGGAAGAUCCGCCUUGUGGAGGAAAAGUCUCGCCGCCGCCGUUCCUACUCCGGCAGCAGGUCAAGGUCUCGCAGCAGACGUCGUUCCCGCAGCAGGAGCAGGCGAAGCAGGAGCUCCAGAAGCCGCUCCAAGUCCCGCUCCCGUUCCAAGACCCGCAAGUCCCGCUCCCGUUCCAAGACCCGCAAGUCCCGCUCCCGCUCCGAAACCCGCAAGUCCCGCUCCCGUUCCAAGAGCCGCAAAUCACGAUCCCGCUCCGAAACCCGCAAGUCCCGCUCCAAGAGUGUGUCAAAGGUGAAGUCCGAGCGAGCGUCUCGCAGCCCCUCCAAGGAGAAGUCUGUGAGCAAGAUGUCUCCGAGCCGCUCCCCGUCCCCUGUAAAUGAGAUCUGCGCCAAGUCACCCUCCAAGUCCCCUACCCCCAACGGCGACCGGCCCGCCUCCAAGUCCCCCGCCAAGCGGUCGCCAUCUCACUCGCCCUCCCGCUCUAAAUCUCGAUCCAAGUCCCGUUCUAAAUCUCAAUCCAAGUCCCGUUCUAGAUCCAGAUCUCCGCUACAGGAUUAGCCACUUCAUGUAAAUCGUUGUUGAACAACAAAACGUAUUCUAAUCCAUGUGUUAGUUAGCAGCGUUUAACACUGGUUGAGUUUUUUUACAUCAAGGGGUUUGUACUAAACUCUGGAUGAAUGCAGUUCUUUGUCUUGAUAAGCUUAUGGAUUCCGGAAACGCAUUUCUUAAGUUUAAGGGGUUUGUUGUUUUUUUGUUUUUGCAAUAAUGGUCUUCUUGGAAUUCUUGUCUAUCAUCUGUAAAAUAAUCUUGCAAAUGGGUGAUUCAGGAGCUUGGUGAAAUGGAAUCACUUGAAAUGUUCCAAUCAAGAUUUUUUUUUUUUUGAAAUAUAUAUUUUAAAAAAGAAUGGAUUGAACUGGGAAGAUGUUGCAUUUUUGAUAGGUUUGUAUGAGUAAUGUUUAAAUGGUGAAGUAUAAAACACAAACUGAAACAUACAAAAUUGCAUGUUUUGGGGUUUCUGUUUUUAAAAGUGCAUUUUGAGAACUGUCAAAUUCCCAAUGGCUCGAAUUACACUCAGCAGUCAAUUUCAGGUUAUUUCCUAUGUCCUUGCUGUUUUUUUUUUUUUUGUUUAAAUAAAAGUUCAAAAGGAAAA